CGCGCCCCCUCCUCCGGCUCCGCAGUCUCUUGCCCGGCUUUCCCUUCUCCUCCUCCAUCUCUGCGGCGAUAAAAUGCAGCACUCGCAGAGCGCCUGCGCGGCUUUCAGGCCGGGCGGCGGCGGCGGCAGUGGCUAUUUAUAGUAGGUGACGUCACCUUGAAAUAGACCGUUAGGGCCGGCCCGCCCUUCCCCCCUCCCACUCCCGCCGCUCGCCGCCGCCCGGCCUGGCCACUCUCACUGCGCAGGCGUCGUCCCGUUCUCCCAUCCCCCAGCGCGGCCGCCUCUCCUCCUUCGGCGGUGUCCGCGGCGCGAGCCACAGCGCGCGGGGCGAGCCAGCGAGAGGGCGCGAGCGGCGGCGCUGCCUGCAGCCUGCAGACUCCGGCCGGCCGGCGAGCCAGUGCGCGUGCGCGGCGGCGGCCUCCGCAGCGACCCGGGAGCAGACUGACUGGCGGCGGGCGGGCUAGCGAGCCAGCGGUGUGAGGCACGAGGCGAGGCCGAGCCGCGAGCGACAUGGGGGACCGGGAGCAGCUGCUGCAGCGGGCGCGGCUGGCCGAGCAGGCGGAGCGCUACGACGACAUGGCCUCCGCCAUGAAGGCGGUGACAGAGCUGAAUGAACCUCUCUCCAAUGAAGAUCGAAAUCUCCUCUCUGUGGCCUACAAGAAUGUGGUUGGUGCCAGGCGAUCUUCCUGGAGGGUCAUUAGCAGCAUUGAGCAGAAAACCAUGGCUGAUGGAAACGAAAAGAAAUUGGAGAAAGUUAAAGCUUACCGGGAGAAGAUUGAGAAGGAGCUGGAGACAGUUUGCAAUGAUGUCCUGUCUCUGCUUGAUAAGUUCCUGAUCAAGAACUGCAAUGAUUUCCAGUAUGAGAGCAAGGUGUUUUACCUGAAAAUGAAAGGUGAUUACUACCGCUACUUAGCAGAGGUCGCUUCUGGGGAGAAGAAAAACAGUGUGGUCGAAGCUUCUGAAGCUGCCUACAAGGAAGCCUUUGAAAUCAGCAAAGAGCAGAUGCAACCCACGCAUCCCAUCCGGCUGGGCCUGGCCCUCAACUUCUCCGUGUUCUACUAUGAGAUCCAGAAUGCACCCGAGCAAGCCUGCCUCUUAGCCAAACAAGCCUUCGAUGAUGCCAUAGCUGAGCUGGACACACUAAACGAGGAUUCCUAUAAGGACUCCACGCUCAUCAUGCAGUUGCUGCGAGACAACCUCACCCUCUGGACGAGCGACCAGCAGGAUGAAGAAGCAGGAGAAGGCAACUGAAGAUCCUUCAGGUCCCCUGGCCCUUCCUUCACCCACCACCCCCGUCAUCACCGAUUCUUCCUUGCCACAAUCACUAAAUAUCUAGUGCUAAACCUAUCUGUAUUGGCAGCACAGCUACUCAGAUCUGCACUCCUGUCUCUUGGGAAGCAGUUUCAGAUAAAUCAUGGGCAUUGCUGGACUGAUGGUUGCUUUGAGCCCACAGGAGCUCCCUUUUUGAAUUGUGUGGAGAAGUGUGUUCUGAUGAGGCAUUUUACUAUGCCUGUUGAUCUAUGGGAAAUCUAGGCGAAAGUAAUGGGGGAGAUUAGAAAGAAUUAGCCAACACAGGCUACAGUUGAUAUUUAAAAGAUCCAUUUAAAACAAGCUGAUAGUGUUUCGUUAAGCAGUACAUCUUGUGCAUGCAAAAAUGAAUUCACCCCUCCCACCUCUUUCUUCAACUAAUGGAAAACUGUUAAGGGAAGCUGAUACAGAGAGACAACUUGCUCCUUUCCAUCAGCUUUAUAAUAAACUGUUUAACGUGAGGUUUCAAUAGCUCCUUGUUUUUGCCUCUUUAAAUUAUGACGUGCACAAACCUUCUUUUCAAUGCAAUGCAUCUAAAAGUUUUGAUACUUGUAACUUUUUUUUUUGUUGCAAUUGUUUAAGAAUCAUGGAUUUAUUUUUUGUAACUCUUUGGCUAUUGUCCUUGUGUAUCCUGACAGCACCAUGUGUGUCAGCCCAUGUCAAUCAAGAUGGGUGAUUAUGAAAUGCCAGACUUCUAAAAUAAAUGUUUUGGAAUUCAGUGGGUAAAUAAAUGCUGCUUUGGGGAUAUUA